ACGACCAAUGAAGAGAUAUUAUGUCGUUUAUGAGAAUACAAUUUUCUAGGAAAAGAAAUAUAUAUUUCGAUUUGAAUUUGAGAAGACAACGCUACUUGCUUUAGAUUAGAGAGAAAAAAACAGAACAAAGUGGAAUUUAGAAAUAGAAGAAAUCUCAUUUCCUAUAAAAGGUGAGGACUUGGAACUUCGCAUCAGCAGAGGAGAAACACUUAAUGUAAUAAUGGAGGAUAUUAAAUCACACGCCGCCGCCGGGGGCUUGCAACUAAACUCCCAACACAUACCUUCACUCGCCACCACCUUUAACCGCCUCUUCGCACCCAUUUACGCCGGCGGUCUUUUGGCUUUAUUUUACUACCACGUUACUUCACUUCUUAAUUCCACUUCUUUGGGUUCCUUCUUCAUCUCUGUUUCUCUCUUCAUCUCCGACGUCGUUUUGGCCUUCAUGUGGGCCACUGCUCAAUCCUUCCGGAUGAAUCCGGUCCGUCGCCGUGAGUUUCCGGCAAAUUUGAAAAAGUUGCUGAAAAAGGACUCUGAUUUUCCGGCGAUGGAUGUGUUUAUUUGCACGGCGGAUCCAUACAAAGAGCCUCCGAUGAACGUCGUCAACACGGCCUUGUCGGUCAUGACGUACGAUUACCCGACAAGUAAGAUAUCCGUCUAUGUUUCCGAUGACGGUGGGUCAGCCAUGACGCUGUUUGCUUUUAUGGAGGCGGCUAGGUUUGCUGCCACGUGGUUGCCGUUUUGUAGGAAAAACGACGACGUAGACAGAAAUCCUGAUGCCUUCUUUACUUCUAACCACGGUUCGAACUCUGAAACCGAAGAGAUUAAGAUGAUGUAUGAGAAAAUGAGAAUGAAAGUAGAAAAUAUUUGUGAGAAAGGAAUGGUUGAAGAUGAAUUGUUAAAUGGAGAAGAACGUAUGACUUUCGAUCAAUGGACCAUAUCUUUUACUCCUCAAAAUCAUCCCACUGUUAUUAAGGUAUUAUUGGAGAGCACAAAGAACAAAGAUAUUAGUGGAGAAGCAUUGCCAAAUCUCAUCUAUGUUUCAAGGGAAAAAAGUGUAACUUCUCAUCACAAUUUCAAGACGGGUGCUCUUAAUACUUUGCUUCGGGUAUCGGCUACCAUGACCAAUGCACCAAUUAUUCUCACUUUGGAUUGUGAUACAUAUUCUAAUGACCCUCAAACACCAACUCGUGCCUUAUGUUAUUUCUUGGAUCCGAAGCUUGAGAAAAACUUAGGUUAUAUUCAAUUCCCUCAACGGUUCCGUGGAGUUAGCAAACAUGAUAUAUAUAGCGGAGAAUUAAAGCACUUAUUCGUAAUAAAUCCAGUUGGUAUGGAUGGAUCGUUAGGCCCAAAUUAUGUUGGUGCAGGGUGUUUCUUUGUUAGACGAGCAUUCUUUGGAGGCCCAUACUCACUUGAGGCACCUGAACUCUUCGAACUUGGUCCAAAUCAUGUUGUUGAAAUGUCCAUUCAAUCUCAAGAGGUCUUGAACUUAGCCUACUUAGUUGCAAGCUGUGAUUAUGAGAAUAAUACAAAAUGGGGUUUUAAGUUGGGGUUUAAAUAUGGGUCUUUAGUGGAGGAUUAUUUUACAGGGUAUCGUUUGCUAUCCGAGGGGUGGAGGAGUUUAUUUUGCAAUCCCAAAAGGGCAGCUUUUUAUGGUGAUGUGCCCAUAACCCUUCUUAGUGUGCUGAAUCAAACCAAAAGAUGGUGUAUUGGCCUUCUGGAAGUCAGCUUCUCAAAGUACAACCCAAUCACAUAUGGUGUAAAGUCCAUUGGCCUUCUCAUGGGUCUUUCUUAUGCCCAUUAUGCAUCUUGGCCCUUUUGGUCCAUUCCUGUCAUUGUUUACUCCUUCCUACCUCAGUUAGCUCUCAUUAGUGGCACUCAGAUCUUCCCCAAGGUUUGGGAUGCAUGGUUUGUAGUAUACAUAUUGUUGUUCCUUGGAGCUUAUGGUCAGGACCUUGUAGAGUUCAUCUAUGUUGGAGGAACAUUCAAAAAAUGGUGGAAUGAUCAAAGAAUGUGGAUGAUAAGAUCUGUAUCUAGUUUCUUGUUUGGAUGCAUAGAGUUAACGUUGAAGUCUCUUGGGAUUAAUCCCAAUUUUGGUUUCAAUGUCACCAGCAAAGCAAUGGAUGAAGAACAAAACAAGAGGUACAAGCAAGAGUUGUUCGAGUUCGGGGUUUUCUCGCCAAUGUUCGUUCCCAUUACCACUGCAGCCAUCGUGAACUUGGCCAGUUUCGCCGGUGGACUGAUCAAAAUUUGGAAAUCGGACGGGGCAUGGGAACAUUUGUUUCCUCAGAUGUUGGUGACUGGAUUCGGUGUGGUGAAUUGUUUGCCAGUUUAUGGAGCCAUGACUUUGAGGAAUGACGAAGGGAAGUUGCCACCUGAACUCACUUUCUUCUCUGUCUCUCUUGCUUUACUUCUUUGCUCUUUUGCUACUUUUUUCCUUUAGAUAAAUGUUUUCUGUUGGAAAUGUUGUUUGGUCAAUAAUUGGAAUGACUCAACAUAAAAUUAAAUGGGAAAAUGUGUGUUAGGUAUUUAAUUCA